GUGCACCUUCAGUACUGUGCAAGGUGGAAAGCAAUUCUUCACAGAGGAGGAAUCACAGUUCCGUCUUGGACUAGUGGAUGAAGACCAAACUCUUCACUAAGAAGAGCAACAUCAGCCUUGCCCACAAAUGGAUAAUCAUUUCCCUUCAAAGGAAGGUCCAAAUUUCUGUUCCUUUCGAUAUGUGUUGGCGCUCUUCAUACACUCUUGCAAUGUUGUGAUAAUGGCACAGCGCAUGUGUCUGAGCCUCACAAUGAUAGCCAUGGUGAACAACACGGAUCCGCAUGGUUUGCCUAACACCUCCACAGAGGAUCACCCAGAUUACGUAAAGAACCCUGUCUAUGAUUGGAGUCCUGAUAUCCAGGGAAUCAUCCUCAGCGCCAUUUUGUAUGGUACAUUCGUCAUUCAAAUUCCUGUUGGAUACUUCUCUGGAAUAUAUCCCAUAAAGAAAAUUGUUGGCCUUGCGUUAUUCCUGAGCUCUCUAUUAAGCCUGUUCAUCCCACUAGCUGCUGAAGUUGGAGAAACUUGGAUCAUUGCAUGCAGAGUAGUCCAAGGAAUGUCCCAGGGGACAGCAACAACAGCACAGCAUGAAAUAUGGGUCAAAUGGGCUCCUCCCUUGGAACGAAGCCGUCUUACCUCUAUUAGUCUAUCAGGGUUUCUGCUGGGUCCAUUCAUUGUCCUGCUUGUGACGGGGAUCAUCUGUGACGCUCUGGGCUGGCCCAUGGUCUUCUACAUUUUUGGUGCUUGUGGCUGCGCACUAAGUCUUCUCUGGUUCAUUCUGUUUUAUGAUGAUCCCAAGAACCAUCCAUGUGUAAGCAUCAGUGAGAAGGAAUACAUCACGUCUUCGCUCAUCCAGCAGGUGAGCUCUACAAGACCAUCUCUGCCAAUCAAGGCUAUAAUUAAGUCUCUUCCACUCUGGGCCAUUUCUUUCAGUGGUUUUGCUUACUUAUGGACGUAUAAUAUAUUGAUUCUAUAUAGCCCAACGUUUAUCAACUCCAUGCUUCAUGUUGACAUAAGAGAGAACGGUUUGCUGUCCAGUCUCCCCUUCUUGCUUGCAUGGAUCUGUGGUAUCAUAGCAGGUCACACAGCCGAUCUGCUUUCUUCAAGGAAUGUUCUCAGCCUAACUGCUAUUCGGAAACUCUUCACUGCAAUGGGACUUCUCUUGCCUUCAAUCUUCAGCAUGUGCCUGCUCUACCUGAGUUACAGCUUCUCCAGCACUGUUGCUUUUCUGAUGCUUGCAAAUGCAACAAGCAGCUUGUGUCUUGCUGGAACACUUAUCAAUGCCUUGGAUAUUGCUCCCAGGUAUUAUGUAUUUCUCAAAGGAGUUACAGCCGUAAUUGGAAUGACAGGAGGAAUAAUUUCUUCCACUGUGACUGGAUUGUUCCUUAGUCAGGAUCCAGAAUCUUCAUGGUUCAAAAUCUUCCUCCUGAUGUCUGCUAUUAAUGUGAUAAGCCUGAUUUUCUACCUUAUAUUUGCUAAAGCAGAAAUUCAAGACUGGGCUAAGGAAAAACAACAUACACAGUUCUGAAGGGUCAGAACCGCAGCCACAAGACCAGUGGGCAGCUAAGUCCAGGACGGUGCAGCACUUGAAUCUCCAGUGAGUGUGUCAAUAGCUAUCUCAACUAAUAAAUGCUGUGGGCAGCCUUGCUGUCACCCACAGGAAGUGAACUUUGCAGAGACAAAGACAGGAGAAAAGGAUGUGAAACUGUCUCCUUCCAGACAAGCCACACAGUCUCUUUUCAGUAAUUUUAGUUCUCUAAACUUUAAAUAAAUGACUUAGUG